AUGUACGGCGAUAUAUAAUUCUUUUCAACAGUAGAUGAUUUUUUAAAAUCUAACCUAGCAGAGCUUAAGAGCAUACAUUUAGGCUUAUCCUUGCUAAAUUAAUAACAUUUAUAUGAUCUACAACAAGGUCUAAAGAAACUUGAAAACAUUAAUGUACUUUAGAUAAAAAUAGAAAUAGAUGAAAAAUAAAUUAAAGAUCUUAAUAGUAUUCCUUCAGCUUUGGUCUAAUUACAGAAUCUUAAAGUUCUUAUAAUAGAUCUAUCAUAUUGCUUUUUGGGUGAUGAUUCAAUCUGUUAACUUGGUUCUAUUUUAGCUAAACUACCAAAUCUUACUACUCUCAAACUUACUUUAAGAUAAAACGACCUUUGUUAAAAUGGUGCUUUUCGUUUGUUGUUUGCUUUAGCAAACAGCUCAACUAUUUCUGACUUGUUCGUAGAUUUAUAAAAUAAUUAAAUUCAAGAAAAGUAAGCUUUUAUUGCUGCUUCUACAAAAUGUCUAAAUUUAACUUCAUUAGAAUAUGACUUAAGUUAUUGUAUGAUUACUGACGAACUUUUUGAGAAUUUAUAUUCUACCUUAAGGUGUUUUCCAAACUUAUAAAAACUCAUUCUAGGUUUAGAUAAAAAUAAUUUCAGCUACAAGGAAAUUUAAAGAUUAGCUAUUAAUUUAUCAGAAUUCACUAAUCUUACAAGUCUUACACUUUAUCUUUUAUAUAACGAAUUGAGAGCAGAAGGUGUCUGUGCUUUGGGAUAAGCUUUGAAAAAGUGCAAAAGUUUAAAAUACUUAUUACUUGAAAUUAGUUUCAAUGAUAUUGGCGAUUAAGAUAUAACUGACUUAGGCUCUUCUUUAUCAAAUUUUGAAAAUUUAAAUCAUCUCAAACUUUGCCUCGAAUCAAAUAGCAUGAAAGGCGAGAAUAUGUCUUAAAUAGUUUCUAUUUUAGUAAACUCUCCUAGAAUAACUACUUUAGAGCUAUUUUUAGAUAAAAAUUAGAUUGGAGAUGAAGGUUCAUAUACAAUAGGAAUAAUUUUGAAAAAAUCAGAGAAUUUACGAGUCUUAACUUUUUAUUCUAUAGAAAAUUAGAUUUGUCCUUUACAAAAAAAGCUUUUCAAAUAAAUGCUUUAUAAAAUAAAAAGAGUUGUUAAAAUAGAAAUGUUUGUUUGA